UCGAGCAGAGCCCUUCCUCCCGACACGGCGACGCCCUCGCACAGCACUGCGCCACUGCCCGACCUCGACGCCCAGCCGCCUCGCCGUCGCCGUUCCUCGCGACCUCACCGCCGGUCGCCGGCCGGAGCCCAGAUCCCAGCCUCCCGGCGCCCGCGCCUCUCCUUCCCGCCCGGCCGGCCGGCCCUCUGGUCCAGCCGCGCCUCCCUGCCCACGCCCCUCCCUGCGCGCGGCCGCGCCCUUGCCGCCGGCCGGAAGCCUGGCGCCCCUGCCCUCGCCCCCCUGCAAGUUUGGCGGCAGCCACUGCCGCUCAGUCACCACACCAGCCUCCGGAAUUGAAGCCGGGUUCACGGAGAAGGGCGCCACCCCGCCAUGAUUGCCGCAUCGGCGCGGCGGGUCGCUGCCGCCGCCGCUUCCUCUUCCCCGUCCGGCCGUGUCUCCCAGCUGGCCUCGACGCUGAAUCACCAGAGAUGGAUUCACGACCGGAACAAGAAGGCAAUGGAGUUGGUGGCCAAGGGUUGGAGCGCCCUACAGGAGGUCGAUCGCGUCAUCGACUUCGCCGACCGCAACGACAAGCGACUAAUCCCACUUCUCAGGGGCGCAAAGGAGAACUUUGAGCUGGCUCUAGAGAUCGACAAUAUGAAUACUCAUGCGAGAUGUUGGCUGGCCAAGAUGCAUUUCAAGUACCAUGUUCCCGGGGCGUGCAAGGCAAUUGGUGCUGCUUUGCUUGUUGAAGCUGCGAACAUGGGUGAUCCAGAGGCACAGUAUGAACUUGGAUGUCGGCUAAGAGUUGAGAAUGAUCAUGUUCAGUCUGAUCAACAGGCCUUCCAUUAUAUAGAGAAAGCUGUUGACCAGUUGCAUCCUGGUGCUUUGUAUCUUCUUGGUGCUGUAUAUAUAACUGGGGAUUGCGUCAAGAGGGACAUAGCUUCAGCUAUGUGGUGUUUCCAUAGAGCUUCAGAAAAGGGACAUGCUGGAGCUGCAAUUGCAUAUGGUUCCCUUCUUCUGAAAGGUGCUGAAGUGCCUGAAGUCAUUACCAGGUUCAACUCAGGCAAGAGUCCGUCAACUGGGAAGGUGCGAAAAAGGACCAUACAGCAGGACUCAGUAAAGCUGGCAAAGGAGCAGUUCCAGAUAGCAGCUGAGUCUGGAUCUGACCUUGGUUUACGGUGGUUGAAGAGGCUUGGAGAUUACGAAAAACAGCCCGAAGAGCUAAAGCAAAUCCAGCAAUGACCUCCAGCGAAAGAAUACCGCUGCAUUUGGCAAUUAGUGGAUGUUGCAAUGCUCUUGCUGCACAUUAGUAGAGAGCUUCAUGUUUCAUCUGCCUUCAGAAUGUAGAGAUAACCAUAUCUUCUAUUAUAGGAGCGUUCAUGCCAACCUAACUUGUGGUCAAAUCGGUUUCUAGAUUAGCAGGUUGAAUUGCAGGACCAAAUUUAUCCUAUUUUUGUCACUAAGGAUUUUGCAUACCACGACAAUUAUACUGCUGGCUUUACCAUGACAAUUAUGCUGAUGGCCUGAGUAAUAAGACAACAAAAAUCGCUAUUUCUGUAA